GAAUCUCGUCAUCAUGGCAAGAACCAAACAGACCGCUCGUAAGUCCACCGGUGGAAAAGCCCCGAGGAAGCAGCUCGCUACUAAAGCCGCCCGUAAAAGCGCCCCCGCCACCGGUGGAGUCAAGAAGCCUCAUCGUUACAGGCCCGGUACUGUGGCGCUGAGAGAGAUCCGCCGUUAUCAGAAGUCCACUGAACUGCUGAUUCGCAAACUGCCUUUCCAGCGUCUGGUGAGAGAAAUCGCUCAGGAUUUCAAGACGGAUCUGCGCUUCCAGAGCUCCGCCGUCAUGGCCCUGCAGGAGUCCAGCGAGGCUUAUUUGGUCGGUCUGUUCGAGGACACCAACUUGUGUGCCAUCCAUGCCAAGAGGGUCACCAUCAUGCCCAAAGAUAUUCAGCUGGCACGCCGCAUUCGUGGAGAGCGCGCUUAAAUCCACAGCGGCGUCAUUCACAUC